AUGCAGUUCACUCUCAUCACCGCUUUCGCCACUGCCUUCCUGGCUUCUUUCGUGGCCGCCAACCCUGCUCCCGCCCCGGCUCCCUUCGAGAUCGGCAUCGGUGCUAACGCUGCCGCUAACGCUGCUGCUGAGGUCGCUGCCAAUGCUGGCCUGGGUGCUGGUGCUGCCACAGGGACAGGGUUCUCUGGAGACCAUGUUGCUACCUUAGUACCGGCUGUGCUGUCGGUGUGGAUAAUAUGA